AUGGCGUAUGGAGGUGAUGUCAAUCGAGGGCCAUUCUUGACCACCAUCAAUUGGGUUUUCAACGGGAUCGCAUUAGUUGCUGUGCUUCUUAGACUCGCUUCACACCAUUGGAGAGAGUCUCAGGGAUGGAAAAAAGAUGAUGCGUUUAUCAUUCUUGCCAUGGCAGCAAACCUUGCAAGAGCAAUCUAUGUCGAUGUUACUAUCUCCCACGGCCUUGGGCGUCAUCUCGAAGUUUUACUCGAAGAGAACCCCUCUGGUGCCGUUGCACUCCUUCGUUUGAUGGUAAUUCUCCAGGCCAUUGGACUGUGGACUUUUACCCUGCCAAAGCUUCCUGUGGUAGCGUUACUUGUCAACAUCUUUGGCCGUAAUUCAAAGAGACUUGCAAUUAUCCUAUACACCGCAGUUGGUGCUUUAAUCGUGCUUGUCUUUAUUAUCACCAUCACAACUUUUGUACAGUGCACACCAGUAUCAGCCAAUUGGACCCAGAAGGGCAAAUGUUGGAACAAAAACAUCAAUGUAGACCUUGGCUAUCUUGCCGGAUCAUAUUCGGCAUUUCUGGACUUUGCGUUUGCAUUAUACCCCGUAUUGCAAGUCUCUAAAUUGCAGAUGGAGCGAUCGAGAAAGAUUCUCUUAGCUGGGUCAUUGAGUCUUGGAUUUCUGGCCGGCAUCAUAACAGCGUACAAGCUCUCUACGAUUUCUUCAAUAACUAAUGUAGCAGAUCCGACUUGGGCCACGGUACCACUGGAAGUCUGGAACAGUGUCGAAGGAACAGCUCUCAUUUUGGCUGCCUCGAUUCCUCUCACCCGACCACUUAUACUGUCUUUCUUUCAAGGCAUUCAAGCUCUCACUUCCCGAAUGGGUGGCAGUAGCGCUAGCGGCACUGCUAAAUCCAGCAAGAAUUCCCAUGGAAGGUCGAUCAACAGGUCUAGCAACCACCAGCGUCUCGACAGCAAUGGAGUAUCAAACAGCACAGAUGAUAUCUUGCUUCACGAAGGUUCCGUCUUUGAAAACUGUAGUAAUAUCGAAGCUGGCAAACAUCGUCAAAGUGGUCCGGGGAUAUACAAGACGGUCGAUAUUUUAGUUAAGACUAAAACAUUGUCUACCUGA